AUCGACCGUUCAGUUCGUUUCACGUACGAACAAGUUUCAGACCGCAUAAUCUCGCAGUCCGCUACGGGCAGCUAAUCAAGCAGACGAAAAUGGUCGGUCAGUCGAUGGUCGGUUCGAUUCCGGAGUUCGAUGGAUUCGUCGACGACUGGAACGUGUACCAGGAGCGGUUGGAGCAGUUCUUCGAGGUGAACGAUAUCCCGGACACAAAGCGUACGGCUCUGCUGAUCUCGGUCAUCGGAAGCGAUUCGUACAAAACGCUACGGGACCUGUGCCAUCCGGUGCUACCGAAGAGCCGUACCUUUGAGGAGCUGUGCGAGCUCCUGCGCAAGCAGUACAGCCCGCAGGUGGCCAUCUUCCGCGAGCGAACACAGUUCUACAACGCGAAGCAAAACGCCGGCGAAAACGUAACACAGUGGUACGGACGGUUGAAGAAGCUUUCGGUGGAUUGCCGGUUCGGUGAGAACCUGGAGGCGAUCCUGCUGGACAAGUUUGUGACUGGGCUACGCAGUGGCAUGAUUAUGGACCGGCUGUGCGAAGAGAACGAAGGGCUCACGCUGGAACUGGCCUUGGAGCUGGCGGUGAACAAGGAGUGUGCGCUCAAGAGUGAAGUGGCGGGUGCAGGGGGAUUAUAAAUUAACUCUCCCCCCCCACGGUGCCCUCAAAUGUUCGCUGCGGACGAGUAUUAGGGGGACACCAUGAGCUAAUAUUAUUAGCGCAUUACAAGAACCUUACGUGAUAAGCUACUGAUUAAGCUGAAAGGAAAUGAAUGAUUGUGAAGGUCUCAUUGCCUCGAAGGGACCGGUUGCGUGCGUGUGACUGAAUGUUGAACGUGAGAGAGCGCUUGUGAUGACUUCUAAGUCUUCUCUAUAAUAAGAUUAUU